AUGUCGGACCUCUCAGGUUCGCGCUCUUCGGUCCCCCCUCCACCUUCAUCACAGAAAUACUCGAACCGCGCCGCCAAUGCCUUAGCCAGAUUUGCCCAACCUUUCUUUUCGGGCUCAAGGCCACCCAGCCCUCAAAGCAGUCGUGUGGAUGGGCCCCGGUCGAUUAGGUCUAAAUCGCUCCCAGGGGAACCGCAGACCGUCACCCAUAAAACAGGCAUCGCUAUCUCGGCCUUGGACAUCUCGCCCGACCGGACACAUGCUGUUAUCGGAGGCAAGGAGAUCCUCAAAACCAUUCGGGUCUCGCCAGAUCACUCCUCGGAGGAAUAUAAUAUUAGAAAUGCUGUCGUCAGCUAUGCUUCUACCCACCAUAAUACGGGCGUCUCCAUGCCACACAAGGACCAAUUGAAUGUGAACGAUGUCAAAUGGUCACAUGGCAAUUAUGAUCGGAUAAUCGCAACUGCAGUCGCUAAUGGUCGGAUUGUCGUCUACGACCUACAGCGGCCCGGCCUCCAAUUAUGUCGUUUCCAAGGGCAUAAUCGCCAGGUUCACAAGCUUGCUUUCAACCCCCAUCUUCCUUCUUGGCUCUUGUCUGGUAGCCAAGAUGGCACAAUUCGAAUGUGGGAUCUGCGAUCCGCUUCUGCGAAUCGGGGCACUUCCACAUGCGGCAGCAAGCAUUCGUACCAGGGCAAUAGUGAUUCCAUCCGGGACGUCCGGUGGUCUCCCACCGAUGGUGUCGUUUUUGCGACCGCUUCGGACAGCGGCGCUAUUCAGAUGUGGGAUUACCGAAAGGUCAACGCCCCUCUGAUGAGAAUUGCUGCGCAUGAUCGCCCAUGUUUCGCAGUCGACUGGCACCCGGACGGGAAGCAUAUCGUCAGCGGUGGCACGGAUCGCCAAGUAAAGGUCUGGGAUUUUUCGUCGUCUGCAGAGCGACGGCAGAAACCUGCGUUUCAGUUCCGAACCCCCCAGGCGGUCACUAAUGUACGAUGGCGACCUCCGUCUUGGGUUGGCGAGUCACCUGCUUCUGGAGAAUGGCAAUCAUCACAGGUUGUCACCUCUUACGAUAAGGAAGAUCCACGCAUCCAUCUUUGGGAUCUCCGUCGCCCAUACGUUCCAUUUCGUGAGUUUGAUCGGUACGACACCCCCUCGUCCGAUCUCCUCUGGCGCUCCAAGGACCUGCUAUGGACAGUCGGUGAAGCCGGGGCCUUCACGCAAACCGAUGUUCGGUAUGCGCCAACGGUGGUUACUCGCCGACCGAUGUGCUCGGUGGCCUGGAGCCCCAAUGGCGAAUUCGCUGCGUUCGGUCAACAAAGACCUAAGCGACGUGCCCGGGGAGUCAAUGCCGCUGAGUUCCUCCUUACCGAACUUACCGAAGAAGGCGAGAACAGCAACGGGGAGCAAUCAUUGAGUCAAAGCCCCGCAGAUGAUAUUCUUGAUGAAGCUGUUUUGGCUACUUCCUUUCGGCAAAUAAAUCCCAAGUCGGCUGCGAUUCGGCCUUCCAAAUCACUGGGCAGCACUCCUCCCGGAGCGGUAGACUUCAUUCCGGUGCUUCCUCUUGACCAAGGCUUGGCCAAGAUUAUGACCCCGGGGCCCUGUCAGGUUGGGACCAUUGCCAGUAUCCCGGGUGCUACCAAUGACCCAUCGGUCUUUCGGUAUUUAGCGAGCCACUACACACCAUUGAUGGACGAGCACCGUGAAUCGAGAACGCAGGCCGAUGUUCUCAAUUCUUUGUUAGAGUCACUAGAUCACAAUGCCGGAUGUGCAGACGAGGUUUCUCUAGAUAAGUUGGCUCAGACCUGGAGAAUUGUUAAGUUCGCAAUUCUUCAAGAACUCCAACAAAGAACAAGGGACCACCCAAAAAGUGGUUUAAGAAAUAAAGCAUCCAAGGAUGGAUCCUUGACAGACAGAUCACGACUCGAGGAUGGUCGACACGACCGGGUCAAAAGUCGGUUGUUCAAAGGAGUCAUGGAGGCGGUCCCAGAAGCCGAGAGCACAUCCAACAUGCCCACACCACUUGCACAACCCUUGCCAGAUUCCCCAAUGGACUCAUGGUCUAGUAGCUCUGAUUCUCAAAUUCCUUCCCAGCUCCCCUCGCUGAGCGAUGGCGCGAUCGACAUUGAGCCUCUCCCACCGUCGGUCUUGAGCGAUCAUAAUGGCUGGGGCUCUGGUCCUGAUACCCGUCGUAUACCCUUAUUGCGUGGGCGGCUAUCAUCAAUGGAUGAUGCGCAUCAGUCAGACUACCUAAGAGAUCCAACGCAAGAUGAUCUGGACAACCCUCAAAGGUCUGCCCCGCGAGCGAUUGCUGGAAAAGCAGAUUGGCGCCGCCAUGGACAUCCUGACUUUGCCCGAGAGAACUCUGAAGACGAUUAUGAUCAAAAGUUGGAGGAUAAGCGCGCAGCAAUUCGUGAUUAUAAGCAAUACCCCAAAAAGGUUCUGACUCUUGAAUCACCAAUGGAGUCCAACCGACCUCCACCCGCCGACCGCUAUGGUCGUCGUGACUCUUCAGAAAGCUUUCCCAUGUUCUCUACAUCCACUGACAGCUCUCAUCCUUCCAAGUCUGUGGGUGCAUCAUAUUCGUCCACUGGCCAGCUUGAGGCAUCUAAAUUCCAGGAUGCUGGACAAUCUACCACUCGACCCACCACUUCAUUGCGAAGGGAAUCGAAUUUGGCACCUACACGUGAGGAACCCGAAGAAGAGGUGCUUGUUGAUCUCUCAUCAGAGACGGACCGGCUUCAUUUAGAACGCCCAUCCAGCCCUCCUCCUUUGAUCAAGGAAUCAUCGCCACUCGAAGAGCAGGAAGAAAUGUUCGCGCCAGGCGAUACACCUUACAUGGGUACCAGACCUUACCCUCCAAUCGACAGUGUCUCACGAGUUCAAAUACCACUUUCGCCGCAUGGCACAGAUUUGAAGCCGUGGGGCAUUGAGGCGAUUCUUAAAGAAGCAGUUCGAUAUUACCACAGCAGCAGUAGCUCUGUCGACAUCCAAACUGCAGCUCAUCUUCUCCACAAACUUCACGUACUUUUCCGCGAGUGCGAAGAAAUCCUCCCUUAUGAAGAGUGUGAAAUGGUCUUCAAGACCUACAAUGAGCACCUCAUUCGCCACUCAAUGGACCUAGAAGCAGCAGAACUCCGCCUGUCUUGUGUAUCAACCUACCCAGCCGUCUAUGACUACGCCCAGAGCGACACCUUCAUCAAUGUCUACUGCUACUCCUGUCAACGGCCAUUCGAAAAUCCCACACAGGACAACACUCGCUGCCAUCGCUGCAGCACUCCCCAAGCGCCAUGCUCCAUUUGUAUGUGUCUUGAUCCACCCUCAGAAUGGGUACAGCAAAAGCCACAUAUCACAUUAUCUACCCUUACCAGUCCCGACUCAGGCACCGAUGGCGACUCAUCCAUAUCAGCCCAGUCCUCAGUCUCCACUGAGCCAGUCCCAGCAUCAGAGAUUGACUUCAACCCCUUCACCGCACCUCGACCCCAAGGCUCCGCCCUCUGGACCUGGUGCCAGGGCUGCGGCCACGGUGGCCAUCUAGCCUGCAUCACAACCUGGUUAGGCGACAUCUCAACUAGCGAAGGCGGGUGUGCAACAGCCGGCUGCUCACAUGAUUGUGGGCCCGGUCCACGUCGCGAACACAACCGCCAAGCCCUGCAAUCCGAAUCCAGGCGUCGUGACUCCUCAAGUCGCUCUGCCGGCGCCGGCUUGGUCAAACGUGACCCGUGGACAAAAGGCGAAAGCAAGGCCGUCGAGAAGGUCCGCGGCAUGCUCGGUGUAGCCGGUGUUGCCGCUGCUUCCGGUGGUAGUGGUGCUGGCCCAAUCACUUCGACUCAUAAUACGUCCUCCCCGGCACCCGUUUCACCGGGCGCUAUGUCGCCCAAGCGUGUGCGGCUGGUUACCCCCAAUGAGCAGGAAGAAGAAAACGAUGCUUCUGUGAGACUGGCUGCUCCUUGA